UGGAAGCGCGCGCCGGCGUGGACGCUGGAGACCCGGCUGGCGGGUUCCGGAAGAGGGCUGGCGCGUGCGCCCCCGGCCUCAGCCAUGGCUCACAGGCCGAAGAGGACUUUCCGGCAGCGCCGAGCCCGCUCCAGUGACAGCGAGGACGCCGAGGAGCCGUCUGCUGAACCCGGGGGCCCGGAGGAGCAGGCGGCCUCCGGCCCUACAGAGGAAGGGCCGCCCAGUGGAGCGGGCCGCGCGGAGGUGGCGGACCGGCGUGUUCGGGCCCGGGGCCCUCGCGGCCGGGUGUGGGCGAGUUCCCGGCGCGCUGCGGGGACGGCUCCGCGCGCUGGCGGCGGCUCGGGUGUCCCAGAAAAUGUCCUGUUAGAAUCCAGCAUGGUUGAUCUUUCAACAGAUGAAGAAGGUGAAACCCAUCAUUCCUCAGAAAAUAAAGAUGAUCAGAGUUUAUCAUCCAAUAGCUCUAGCUCUCUGGAAGAAGAAUUUUCAUCAAUAGUAAAUAUCCCUGAUGCAGCUUUUAUUCAGGCAGCCCGCAGGAAACGUGAAUUGGCCAGGACCCAAGAUGAUUAUAUUUCUUUGGAUGUAAAACAUACCUCUACCAUCACUGGGAUGAAGAAAAACAGUGAUGAAGAUCCUGAGAGUGAGCCUGAUGACCAUGAAAAGAGAAUACCAUUUACCCUAAAGCCUCAAACACACAGACAAAGGAUGGCUGAUGAAACAACACCUAGAAAUGAAGAAACAAGUGAAGAAAGUCAGGAAGAUGAAAUUCAAGAUAGUUGGGAACAGCAGCAGAUGAGGAAAGCAGUUAAAAUCACUGAGGGACGAGACCUAGAUCUUUCCUACAGCAGUAAAUCUCAAACAGUGAAGAAGUUUGAUAUUUCCACUUCAUUCCCACCGGUAAAUUUAGAAAUUAUAAAGAAGCAAUUAAAUACUAGAUUAACAUUGCUACAGGAUACUCACCGCUCACACCUGAGGGAAUAUGAAAAAUAUGUACAAGAUGUCGAGAGCUCGAAGAGUACCAUCCAGAACCUAGAGAAUUCAUCAAAUCAAGCUCUAAAUUUUAAAUUCUAUAAAAGCAUGAAAAUUUAUGUGGAAAAUUUAAUUGACUGUCUUAAUGAAAAGAUUGUCAGCAUCCAAGAAAUAGAGUCAUCCAUGCAUGCACUCCUUUUAAAACAAGCCAUGACCUUUAUGAAACGCAGGCAAGAUGAAUUAAAACAUGAAUCAACGUAUUUACAACAGUUAUCACGCAAAGCUGAGACAUCAACAAAUGGAAGCUUGGCUGUAGAUGAAAAAACUCCAUCAGUUUUGGAAGAGAUUGAAUCUCGAAGGUCACAAAGAAGACAAGCAAGGGCACUUUCUGGGAAUUGUGGUCAUCAGGAAGGGACAUCUAGUGAUGAUGAACUGUCUUCAGACAUGAUUGACUUCCAAAAAACCCAAGAUGAAAUUUUACAAGAUCACAAGAAGAUUUUUGAAGAUGUACAUGAUGAUUUUUGUAAUAUCCAAAAUAUUUUGUUGAAAUUUCAACAAUGGCGAGAAAAGUUUCCUGAUUCUUAUUAUGAAGCUUUCAUUAGUUUAUGCAUACCGAAGCUUUUAAAUCCCCUAAUCCGACUUCACUUGAUUGAUUGGAAUCCUCUUAAGGUUGAUGCUGUAGGCUUAAAACAGAUGCCAUGGUUCACAUCUAUAGAAGAAUAUAUGGCCAGCAGUAUGGAAGAUUCAAAGAAAGAAGAUGGUUCGGAUAAGAAAAUCUUGUCUGCUGUCAUCAAUAAAACAGUUAUACCUCGACUUACAGACUUUGUAGAAUUCAUUUGGGAUCCCUUGUCGACCUCACAGACAACAAGUUUAAUAGCACACUGCAGAGUGAUUCUUGAAGAACUUUCCACUUGUGGAAAUGAAGUUAGUAAAGGCAAACAGGAUUUACUUAAUUCUGUUGUUUUGAGAAUGAAGAAAGCAAUAGAAGAUGAUGUUUUUAUUCCUUUGUAUCCAAAGAGCAUUGUAGAAGACAAAACAUCAUCACAUUCAAAGUUCCAAGAAAGACAGUUCUGGUCGAGUGUAAAGCUUUUCCGCAAUAUUCUUCUUUGGAAUGGACUCCUCCCAGAUGACACCUUGCAAGAACUAGGACUUGGGAAGCUGCUAAAUCGCUACCUUAUGAUAGCUCUUCUUACUGCCCCUCCUGGGCUGGAUGUUGUUAACAAGUGCAGCCAGAUAGCAGCAUAUUUACCAGGAAGAUGGUUCCACAGCCCUGCCCUGAGAACAUCCCUUCCCCGGCUAGAAAACUUCAUCCGGGUCUUGUUGCGGUCUGCGCGCAAAUUACCUACAAGUGAAUUCAGGGAUGAAGUCAAAGAAAUAAUUCUUAUUCUGGUGAAAAUAAAAGCUUUGAAUCAAGCAGAAUCCUUUAUAGAAGAACAUCACCUAGACCAUCUUAAGUCAGUGAUCAAAGAAGUUUGAGCAAACUAUGGGAAGUGCUAACGUGAGGUGUUAACCCCUCUCGGCUCCUUUGCUCGGGGCAGUGGGACAGCAGAGCUCCCUCCCUCCGUUCCUUCCCCUGGUCUUACCUUCUGGUGUCCAGACGGCUGCCGCUCUGUGGGGUUUGCCGGGACUGAGCACGGGGGAGCAGUAAAAGUGUAACAUCCUUCCCUUUGGUUCUUUGGACUUCUCCCUUGUGAGAGAGGAGUGGGGGAAACUUUGCUGCCUGGGCUUCGGGGAGUCUUCUGAACUGACCACAGCAACAUGAGUUAGGUCUCUUUAUCCUGUCUCUAUUCCCACAUAAAAUGGAAGUCUUAUUCGGAAUGAAUUAGUUGCUGCUGAUUAAGGCAUUUUAAGGUUUUUAGAACGCUUGAUUGUCAAAUUGUCCUUCAGAAAUCCUUACCAGUGUAUUGUGCCAAAACAAGUGUAACAGGCCAGUGAAACCCCACCAGCCAUAGGUAUUAUUUUGUUAAAUCAGUACAAAUUUAGUAGAUGUAAAAAAUGUUAAUUACUCUUUGAGCUGUUAGAGAAAAAGUGCUUUUUUGACCAUUUGUAAUUCUUUUUGAAAUCCAUUCAUGUUAAUGGCUUUAUAAGAACUUUGUUAUAAAGAUACUGAUGUUUUGUCUGUCCUAUGUUACUGUUUUCCUUAUUGUCAUUUAUUCUUGUAAUGAGGUUUUUAGUGGGCUAAGGCGUUACUUGUUUAGUUACUUGUUUAGGUACUUCUCUUUCGUUAGGGUUUUUGUCAUUGGUGAUAGGCUUCGACAGGAUCCAAGUAUUUUAAAUAUUCAGAACAUGUAAUGAACUUUUCUAUGAAAUAUUUGUGUAAUUGAAAAGAAACUGAAGGGGCACCUGGGUGGCUCAGUUGGUUAAGCGUCCAGCUCAGGUCAUGAUCUCAUGU